CAUUUUAAAUUCCCAGUCGCAAUUAUUGUCAUUUAUUAUUAUGAUAGGCGCCAACCGCAGGCGGUGUACCACGUGGCUCAUCCUGUCGCAUCCGGGCGGAGGGAGAGGGAAAUUGGGUCAGGAACGGUAAAGGAAAAGCGAACGGGACGUCUAUGCUCGACGAGCAUGAGGUCAUUUCAUCGUGUCUUGUAGAUCUCAUUUCCCAUCCAUCUCAUCAUCCCUGAUGUGAGAGUCCUUGUUUCAUCCUUAUUUCACGAGCAUCUAUGCUCCGCCGUUGGAUACGCUAAAAAGAUCAUGAUUCCGCUAAUACGCCGCGCACGACCCCACGCCCGCUGGACGGGCGAUGGGCCCCGCUCGUCCCUUGAGGACGACGAAGAGGUGGAUGGGCAUACCUAUCAGCAUUCGCGACAGUCUGGGAGCGGGAUAUUUCGAAUCACCGUGGUCAUUCCAACAUUGGUUUUCCUUACUGUCCUCGUUACGGGACUCAUGAGCAUGGCUGAGUCCAUGUCUUCUUCGUCGUAUUUGACAUAUAGCACCGUUCCAGGGUUCUUUCUCCAGGAUGAGCCAGAUACGGAUCCGAAUGCGUUCGAUUAUGUUGCUUCCAAUUUUGGCUUGAUAAACCGUACUUAUGACACAGAUGAGGAAUUUGAUCCUCACGGUGACAAGCCACAAUGGGAGCGGUUUGAGAAUAAAAUGCGCUCGUUGGCCCGUGACAGCGGUAAGGGAGUACAUUAUAAAGUCCUCUUCCUCGGACGCCAUGGUGAGGGAUAUCAUAAUGUGGCGGAGAGUUUCUAUGGGACUGAGGCGUGGGAUUGCUACUGGUCUCUUCAGGACGGCAACGAGACCUCAACUUGGGUGGACGCUCAUCUCACUGAAACGGGAAUUGCACAGGCAGAGACUGCUCAUCAUGCCUGGGAGAAGCAGAUUGAGAAUAAAGUCCCGGCGCCGGAAUCAUACUACGUUAGUCCGUUGAACCGUUGUCUAGCCACGGCGAGUAUCACUUUCUCGGGGCUUGAACUGCCCAAUAUCGAUCCAUUCCAGCCUACCGUUAAAGAGUUGCUCCGUGAAACGAUUGGCCUUCACACGUGUGAUCGCCGUUCCUCCAAGUCUGCCAUUGCAGAAGAAUACCCACACUACAGGUUCGAACCCGAUUUCUCGGACGAAGACGUGCUUUGGGACGCCAAAAGCCGCGAGUCAGAUUCCGCCCGCUCAGCACGUCUCCGAAAACUGCUCGAUGACAUCUUUACGAAUGAUGACAACGUAUUCAUUUCUUUGACUGCACACUCUGGUGCUAUCACGAGCAUCCUUGAAGUGAUUGGGCAUCGAAAGUUCCAGCUCGCUACAGGUGCGAUGAUACCCGUCGUGGUGAAAGCAGAGCGGAUCUCGGGGGAACAUCCUGAAGAACCGGUUGAACCACCAACUACAGCGCCGAAGUGUGAGAUCAAUCCUAUUGGGGCUUCUACUGCUCGUGGAGUCGCGGUCUCAACAAAGGCGUAAGAUGGCUGCAUAUGGAAGAAUCAAUGAUAAUAUCUGUAUUAUAUUAGUGCGAGCAUUCUCUCUUUUCUACAAAGUAGCGCGUAUAAAACCACCCCGUUUGUUGGCAAGGGCCCUCCAAUUUAUUUGGGCGACGAUGUAUCGCGAUAAACCAACUCAGGAUUCAGGAAUAUCGCGACUGCUCAACCGAUUUAGCAGAAGAACCUUGGCAUCAACCUUGACAUCUUCAAUGCGGUAUUUCUUGGCCAUACGAUGCAUACUUAUUCGAUGUAGCAAAGAAACAUAUUCACAUUGCAUAGUGACAUACUACAUAUCGCUUCUAGAUCAAUUAGCCGGAAAUGAAACCGUCAUUGCGAUGCAACGUGUACUUGACACUCGAAAUUCUUUCCUCCACCCCUGGGUUGAUCUGGAGUGAAUCGACAUAUGGCUGCUGCCUGUAAACGUUGAGGGGCUUUCUGCAUCUCUUGCCCAAUCUGGAAUGUCAUGUCCCAC